CCAUGGAGUGGGAGUUCGACACUCCGCAGCCAGAGGAGCGGAUCAUUCGGCCCAACAACCUGACCGAUGCCCAGUUGAAGGAUCUGCAGAUGGCCUUCUCCCUGUUUGACGAGAGCGACGACAAGGUGAUACCCAUAAAGCAGCUGCGACACCUGAUGCGCAGUGUGGCCUGCAGUCCCACCGACUUGGAGCUGCAGAGUAUCCUCAAUGAAAUCGAUCCGGAUGGCGGGUGCGAACUCUAUCUCAGCGACUUCCUAUACAUCAUGUCCCAAAAGUAUGCAAAUAUGACACCCGAGGACGAGAUCAUAGGUGCCUUCAGGGUUUUCGACAAGGAGGGCACCGGCUUUAUAGCAGAAUCAGAGUUCCGUCACAUUAUGAAAAAUAUGGGAGAGCAGAUGAGCGACGACGAGGUGGAUCAGAUAGUCAUGGAUGCGGAUGCAAAUAUUGAGGGAAACAUCGACUAUGUACGAUUCGUUGCCAUGAUGUCAGAGACAUGAGGAGA